GCACAUUCUCUCCUUCAUCAUCGUUGCUCUCGUGUUUUUGUCUCCGACGUAACUAUGGAUAGCGAUACACUCACCGGAUUGUUGGAAAACGUCGCCAGAAAAUUCCCCGAUCGCCGAGCUCUCUCCGUUUCUGGAAAAUUCGAUCUCACUCACGCGCGUCUUCACGAUCUAAUCGAACGCGCCGCUUCACGUCUUGUCUCCGCCGCUGGCAUCAAACCUGGAGAUAUCGUCGCUCUCACCUUCCCUAACACCGUCGAGUUUGUUAUAAUGUUUUUAGCGGUGAUAAGAGCUAGAGCCACGGCGGCGCCGUUAAACGCAGCGUACACGGCGGAGGAAUUUGAGUUUUACCUAUCUGAUUCAGAUUCAAAGCUAUUAUUAACCUCUAAAGAAGGAAACGCACCGGCUCAAGAAGCAGCUUCAAAGCUGAAAAUCACUCACGUCACCGCCACGCUGCUUGACGCUGGCUCGGACCUUGCUCUGUCCGUUACGGAUUCUGACUCGGUCGUUGACUCAGCGACCGAACUCGUUAAUCACCCGGACGAUGGUGCUCUCUUCCUCCACACUUCUGGCACUACGAGCCGUCCAAAGGGUGUACCGCUUACGCAGCUCAAUCUAGUUUCAUCCGUCAAGAACAUUAAAGCUGUUUACAAGCUUACGGAGUCUGAUUCUACGGUGAUUGUUCUCCCUCUGUUCCAUGUUCAUGGAUUGUUAGCUGGUUUGCUUAGCUCGCUUGGAGCUGGUGCGUCUGUGACUCUUCCAGCUGCUGGUAGAUUCUCAGCAACAACGUUUUGGCCUGACAUGAAGAAGUAUAACGCUACAUGGUAUACUGCUGUUCCGACCAUUCAUCAGAUCAUAUUGGACCGCCACGCGAGCCAUCCUGAGCCGGAAUACCCUAAGCUCCGGUUCAUCAGGAGUUGCAGUGCUUCUUUGGCUCCGGUGAUAUUGUCCAGGCUUGAGGAAGCUUUUGGAGCACCGGUGCUCGAGGCCUAUGCAAUGACAGAGGCAACACACUUGAUGAGCUCAAACCCCUUACCAGAGGAAGGUCCACACAAGCCUGGGUCUGUUGGGAAACCGGUAGGUCAAGAAAUGGCGAUCCUUAAUGAGAAAGGAGAGAUACAAGAGCCGAAUAACAAAGGAGAGGUUUGUAUAAGAGGUCCAAAUGUGACCAAGGGUUACAAGAACAAUCCAGAUGCCAACAAGGCUGCUUUCGAGUUUGGGUGGUUCCACACUGGUGAUAUCGGUUACUUUGAUUCCGAUGGGUAUUUGCAUCUGGUGGGUCGGAUCAAAGAGCUUAUUAACCGUGGAGGUGAGAAGAUAUCUCCAAUUGAAGUAGAUGCAGUACUCUUAACUCAUCCUGACGUUUCUCAGGGUGUUGCAUUCGGUGUUCCUGAUGAGAAAUAUGGAGAAGAGAUUAACUGUGCGGUGAUUCCAAGAGAAGGAACAACAGUGACCGAAGAGGACAUCAAAGCGUUCUGUAAGAAGAAUUUGGCAGCUUUCAAGGUACCAAAGAGAGUGUUCAUCACUGAUAACCUCCCCAAAACUGCCUCUGGUAAGAUUCAGCGUCGUAUCGUUGCGCAGCAUUUCCUCGAGAAACCCUAAAAACACCGUCUUGCUCGAAAAUCCUUGGCGGUGAGUCUUAGUUUUCACGCAAAUGGAUUUGCGUUCUCUAUUGGUUUCUUGGUUUUAAAGUUACUUUUCAUAUGUUUCAUGGUUAAAAAAGAGGACAUGGUGGUAAAGGUUAUAGUUAAAUCACAGAAGUGGAAAUAAAGUUGAUAAGUGAUU